AUGAAGAAGUAUGGAGUGAAGCCAGAUGCUGAAACCCUUGACAUUGCCAACACAGCAGCUAGCAAUAAAUCUAUUACAGUAGUGAUGAAGAUAUAUUGGGGAGAUCCUCGUGAGAAGAUAUGUGAAGCAGUUGAACAUAUUCCUCUCUCAAGCCUUGUCAUCGGUAACCAAAGCCUCGGUGGCCUUAAAAGGAUGAUAAUGGGGUGCUUAAUAGUCUUCUCAGCUCGGAUUGCAACUGUAGAAGGGCAUAGUACGUGA